AUGGAUCCGGCGCUGUACAAGGCGGCGACGCUGGGGGAAGUGGCGAGCCUGAGGAAGCUGGUGGAUCCCGAGGACCCCAGUGCCCUGAGCUCCACGACGCCCCAGCUCAACACGGCGCUCCACCUCGCCGCCCUGCACGGCCACGCCGCGUUCGCCGGCGAGGUCCUGGUCAGGAACGAGGAGCUGCUCGUCGCCCGGAACGACGACGGCGACACCCCGCUGCACCUGGCGGCCAAGGCGGGCAAGCUGGAGGCGGCGGAGCUGCUCGUCGGCCGCGCCCUGGCCUGGCCGCAGGACCGGAAGAGCCCUCUGAUCAUGACCAACAAGGCCGGCAACACCGCGCUGCACGAGGCGGUGCGGAACCGCAGGAGCGCCGUGGCGGAGGCCCUGCUGGACGCGGAUCCUAGCCACGGCCACGACCUCAACGAGCGGAUGGAGUCGCCGCUGCACAUGGCCGCCCGCGAGGGCCUCGUCCAUGUCGUCCGCAAGAUAUUCGACUUCACCUGGGUCGAGGCGGAGUACGUGCCCUCUGUCGCCGUCAGCGGCACGGCCCUGCACCAGGCCGUGCUCGGCGGUCACACCAAGAUCGUGGAGAUCAUGCUGGAGAAGCACGCCUGGCUGCUGGACCUGACAGACUCCGACGGCAACAACGCGCUACACUACGCGGCGCAGAAGAACAAGUCGCAGCUGGUGGAGCUGCUGCUCAACAAGCAGGCGCAGCUGGCCUACAAGCCCAACGGGGAGCGGCAGACCCCGCUGCACGUCGCCGCGCACUACGGCUCGACGGCGGCCAUCAAGGCGCUGCUCCGGUGCUGCCCCGACGUGGCCGAGAUGGUGGACAGCUGCGGCCGGAACGCCUUCCACAUCUCCGUCGCCAGCGGCAAGACGAACGCGCUCAGGUGCCUGCUCCGCCACGUCCGCCCCGCGGAGCUGCUCAACCGCGUCGACAACGACGGCGACACGCCUCUCCACCUCGCCGCCAAGAUGAGCCGCGUCCAGUCGGCGCUGCUGCUGCUCAACGACCACGCCCUCGUCGAGGUCAAGCUGCACGCCGGCGAGAUGGACGCCUACGAGAUGUACCUCUGGAAGCAGCUCAAGCAGCAAGAGCUCAAGAGGUGCCGCGAGCAGCAGCUGCCGCCUCUGGCUCCCUACUCCAGCCGCAAGACCUCCAACGACAAGUACUUCGAGUGCAUCGUCGAGACCUACAUCCUCGUUGCGACCCUCAUCGCCACCGUAACCUUCGCCGCCACAGCUUCCAUCGUCGUCGUCUUCUGCUUCAUCUGGGCUUGGCUGGACCCCGUCAGGUUCAAGGUCGACCAGCUCUUGUGGGGCCACAGGCUCACCGUCAUCGCCUGCCUCGCCAUGCUCGUCUCGCUCAUGACCGCCGUCUAUAUCACCGUAGAUCCUGAAUCACGGUGGCCGGCCUACGUCGUCAUCGUCAUCGGCAUGAGCACUCCGGCCGUCGUCUUCCUAAUGCUGGGCAAGGAGGUGAUCUUCGUGCCGAUGUAA